GCCGUCGCUCCCCUCCCGCGAUCAGCCACCCUUCCGACGCGCGGCCGCCUCCAGCAGGCGCUGCGCUUGUGGAAAAGCGAAAGUAAGCCGCUAGCGAGGGCUGCCGGGAAAGGCGCGGCGUCGGAAGGAAGGGUGCGCCUGUUUGGAGCAGAAGCGAGCGGGCGCGGGUCCUGGGAAGACUCCCUAAGCGUCAAGAUGUUCUUUACCUGUGGCCCCAAUGAAGCCAUGGUCGUCUCAGGUUUUUGCCGCAGCCCCCCAGUGAUGAUUGCUGGUGGACGUGUGUUUGUGAUACCGUGCAUACAACAGAUCCAGAGGAUCUCACUUAACACCCUGACCCUAAAUGUGAAGAGUGAGAAAGUUUACACCCGACAUGGAGUACCCAUUUCAGUCACUGGCAUCGCGCAGGUGAAGAUCCAGGGCCAAAACAAGGAGAUGCUGGCAGCUGCUUGCCAAAUGUUCCUGGGCAAGUCCGAAGCAGAAAUUACCCAUAUUGCUCUGGAGACCCUGGAAGGGCAUCAGAGAGCCAUCAUGGCCCAUAUGACAGUAGAGGAAAUCUACAAGGACCGUCAGAAGUUUUCCGAGCAGGUCUUCAAAGUGGCCUCGUCUGACCUAGUCAACAUGGGGAUCAGUGUGGUCAGUUACACCCUCAAGGAUAUCCACGAUGACCAGGAUUAUCUUCAUUCUCUGGGGAAAGCCCGAACUGCUCAGGUACAGAAAGAUGCCAGGAUUGGAGAAGCUGAAGCCAAGAGGGAUGCUGGCAUCAAGGAAGCAAAGGCCAAGCAAGAGAAAUUGUCUGCUCAGUUCUUGAAUGAUAUUGAGAUGGCCAAAGCCCACCGAGAUUAUGAGCUGAAGAAGGCUACUUACGAUAUCGAGGUGAACACACGGAAAGCAGAAUCUGACUUGGCCUAUCAGCUCCAGGUGGCCAAGACCAAGCAGAAAAUUGAAGAGGAGAAGAUGCAGGUCUUGGUGGUGGAGCGAACCCAGCAGAUUCAGAUCCAGGAGCAGGAGAUGACCCGUAAGGAACGUGAGCUGGAGGCCAGGGUCAAGAAACCAGCCGAAGCAGAGCGUUACCGGUUGGAGAAAUUAGCCGAAGCUGAAAGGAUGCAGCUCAUCAUGCAGGCGGAGGCAGAGGCAGAAGCCAUCCGGGUGAAGGGUGAGGCUCAGGCCUACGCAGUUGAGGCCAAGGCCCGGGCCGAUGCUGAGCAGAUGUCUAAGAAGGCAGAAGCUUUUAAACAGUAUCAAGAAGUCGCCAUGGUGGACAUGCUUCUGGAGAAGCUUCCGGAGAUAGCUGAAGAGAUCAGCAAACCGUUGGGUUCCGUGAGUAAGAUCACCAUGGUGUCGAGCGGAAGCGGAGAUGUGGGUGCCGCGAAGAUGACUGGGGAAGUGCUGGAAAUCAUGAAUAAGCUGCCUGAAACUGUUGAGAAACUGACCGGUGUUAGCAUCUCUCAGCAGAUGAAUCAGAAGAAACCGGGACGGAUGAACUGAGGACAAGGAAAAGUCUUAAGAGUGAACCUCCGAGAUCAACAUCAAUAUGCACCCAUAUUUAGCGUUCCUCCUAUCGUCACCCUCCUGUGAAUGCCAAACCUUUAUUAUGGACAAGAUUGUUGCAUGUUGAUCAGUAUCCACAAAUGCUGAGGUCUUGUCACUCCGCUGUACCACUGUGAUAGCUGGGGAUGUCACAGUGUAGACCUGGCAAUAUAGUGAUUUCCACCACUUGUGGAAAUGAUCCUUUCCUUGACGCUGUUCCUUUCCUGGAGUCUGCUGUCCACUAGAUAUUUCUUUCCCCCCCAAAUAACCUAUCCUAGAGGAUCUAACAGUGGCUCUACUUCUAAAAAGGCUGGGAAGGAUAUAAGACUGGAAUAAGGAUAAGGCUGGACAGUGGUUUUGUUUCAGGGAUUUCUGACAAGGGAAAGUCAUUUAGUGCUUUGUUCAGUAAUUUCCCUAAUGCAGUGUUUCUCAACCUUGACAAUUUUAAGGCACAUGGACUUCAACUCCCA